CUUUCCAUUUUCUGUGGUUUUUUUUUUUAAAAAAAAAGCAAAAUAUCUAUCUGUUAUUUAUAUAUUAGAAAACAACAAAAAUAACAAACAAAUCACCUGAAGCCACCUUUUAAUAGGCCUUUAUAAACCGAAAACCUGCCACGUUCAGUAACCACACAAUAACAAAACCUCAAAAGCGUUUCUCUUCUCUUUAAAAUAAGUUGCCAUUUUUUCAUUUUCUUGGGCUGUACCCAACACAAAACACUGUUUAAAACACCCAAUUUUUUCACUAAUCUCAUCAAAAAAACGUAACAAAACAAAACAAAAACCUCUCUUUCUCAGCCUCACAUAGGAAAGUUCGUUCAAAAACUAUAUGGCUUCUACUCCUGCACCACUCCCAUCAAACUCAGAUCAAGGAGGAGUAUUAUUCAUACCAAGUGAGGACAGUGUUCUUCAAAAACAUGUUGCUUUUUUCGACCGCAAUCACGAUGGGUUGGUCUAUCCUUGGGAAACUUUUCAAGGAUUUCGUGCAAUUGGGUGUGGAUUAACCUUGUCUACCGUUGCUGCAAUUUUCAUCAAUAUGGGUCUGAGCCAGAAAACUCGACAUGGCAAGUUUUCUCUACUGUUCCCCAUUGAAAUAAAAAAUAUACACAAAGGUAUCCAUAGUAGUGACUCUGGCGUCUACGACAGCAAUGGAAGGUUCGUUCCUUUAAAGUUUGAUGAAAUGUUCAAGAAUUAUGCUCACACACAUCCUAAUGCUUUAACAUCCGACGAAGUGAUGGCGUUGUUGAAGGGAAAUAGAGUCCCCAAAGAUUACAAAGGAUGGGUUGCGGCCUGGACAGAAUGGAAGAUUCUGUAUAUUCUAUGCAAAGACAAGAAGGGUUUGCUGCACAAAGAAACUGUUAGAGGUGUUUAUGAUGGAAGUUUGUUCGAGCGAAUGGAGAAAGACCACUCAGCAUCCAAGAAGAAGAAAGAUUGUGAACCUGUCGUGUAGAAAAUUUGGUGGGGCUCUCUGAAAUUGUCAAAAUUUGUUGGUGUUGAGUUUAUAUAGUAAGUGUUGAACUUUAUUCUGUGGUUGUGGAAAUAAGGUAUAUUAGAAAUUUGGAUUCAUUUAUAUAUAAAGUUAAAGCAUAGUGUACCAUACUAAACCCAAUUAAUGGACUGGGAUUAGAGUUCUUGGUUUGAAUAUUUAGUUAUAUUGUAUUUUGUGUGAAAUUUGGGAAUAAGCUUUGCUAUGUC